AGCCAGCGACGCUGGGAGGGGGUUCUCCUCCGGGGUCUGGGUGGGCGGCUCCAUCUGACGUCCACUGCGGAGCGUCCGGGUUCCUGUCUGGUUUGGGGCUGGGGAUGUGGGCAGCCUGGGUCUCACUCCUUCUCCGUCCUCCCGCAGCUCAGCCUCAUUGGAGCCCACCGUCCGCAGGUUCCUGAACUCUGCUCCAGCAGCCGGGUCUUCUGUGGGCGAAGAGGAACAGCUGAGGAAAACCCCACCAAUUUGGAUGCUCAUCAAGCCUGCAGACCCCACAUUGCAGCCAAUGGUGUCUGCUUUUCCCAGACCAGCAGGGAAGAACCAUGCACCAGGACUACAUUUCACCAAAGUGAAAUUGGAAAUACAGUGUCUGAAUUGAAGUGUACUGGGUCAUUGUCAUUCAGAGACGUGGCUGUGGGCUUCACCCAUGAGGAAUGGCAGCGGCUGGAUCCAACGCAGAGGACCCUGUACCGAGAUGUGAUGCUGGAAAACUACAGCCACCUGGUCUCCUUGGGAUGUCUAGUCACCAAACCAGCUGUGAUCUCCAGGUUGGAGCAGGGGCAAGAACCAUGGAUGGGGGAGGAAGAAAUCCUCAGAUGGAGCUUUCCAGAGGUUUUGCAGGUCGACACCCAAGCAGCCAGACAACAGGAACACCCAGACAAACCUUUGAGGCAAGUUGCAUUCCUAGAGAAGAAGGAAUUCACCAACCCAGGGUGCUGGGAACAUAAUACAGUUGGAAAAAACACCUGUCAGAACACAAACCUUGUUCCCUCAGGACGGCAGGUCCAUUGGUGCGACUCCUGUGGGACGCGUUUGCAGUGUGACACAAACUUUAGUCCUAAUGCAUAUCUUGCCAGAAGGAGAUUUGAGUGUGAUGGACAGGGGAAAUUAUUCCUUUAUUCCAAGCUUGAAACUCCACCUUCUGGGGUUUAUCUACGUGAAUGUAGCCAAUGUAGAAAAGUGUUUAGCUGUAGCCAAGCCUUUAAUGCUGAUCAGGGAGCUGACAGGGGUGAGAAGCCCCAGGCAUGUACCAAAUGUGGGAAAGGCUUUGACCACAAAUCAGAACUCAUUACACACGGGAGAGUCCACAGGGGUGAGAAAUCCUUCAGAAGAGGUGGACGGUGGGGUGGCCUGCGGGACAAGGAUUACCUCAGUGGACGUCAGGGAAACCGUACAAAAGAGCAGCCCGGUGGGAAGGGCAGUCGUGGUAAAACCCUCUCCCAGAAGACAAGCCUGUCCAUUCCUGAGGCAGCUCUUGCUGGAGAGAAGCCUUACAAGUGUUCAGAGUGUGAGAAAACCUUCUCCCACAGGUCCCGCCUCAUGGAACACCACAGAUCUCACACAGGGGAGAAACCCUAUGGCUGCAAAGAAUGUGGGAAGUCUUUCUCCAGGAAGUCCUGCCUCAUUAUCCAUCAUAGAAUCCACACCGGGGAGAAGCCCUACAGGUGCAGCGAGUGCGGGAAGGCCUUUUUCCAGAAGUCACACCUCAUCCUCCAUCAGAGGACGCACACCGGGGAGAAGCCCUAUGGGUGCAGCGAGUGUGGGAAGGCCUUCUCCCAGAACUCAUGCCUUAUCAUUCACAAGAGGACCCAUAUGGGGAGGAAGCCCUACGAGUGCUCCGACUGCGGGAAGACCUUCUCUCAGAAGGCCAACCUCAUCAGACACCACAGAAUUCACACCAGGGAAAAGCUCUAUGGGUGAAAUGAGAGGGAAGGUUUCAUCCAGAAGCCACAGCAUGUCUAGGAAUGAAAACCUCUGGAUAUUCUGAAUGUGGAAAAUCCUUCAGCAAGAAGCCCAGGGCCACUGGACACAGAGAUUCAUACUAAGGUGAAAUCUUACCAGUUUGGAGAAUUGGGAGAACUUUGUUCUCUUAAGUCUGGUGGUAGGAUUGUUGAUGAUGCCCUAGAAUGAUAUAUUUUUAUAGUCUUUACUUAAUUAUAAAGUGUAUCUGUCCAAAGGAACUGUCGAUAUUAAGCUUUAAAUAUGUGAAUAAGUUUACCUCAUUGAGACAACAAAUCUAAUAAGCAUCAGAACAAUCCUGUGGUUUCAUUGGUUCUGUCACUGAGGAUGCUACAUGAAAUGAAUUUCAUUAAUUUUUUUAGCUGCCCUGGUAAUUGAACAUAACUGUGAACUUGUAGACAAACACAUCCUAAAAUACAGAAUGACAUGCACACUAAAUCAUACUCUGUCUUGUAAUAUACAUUAUUAUUGGAACAAUAUGAACUUAUUAUUAAACCAGAAGUCCAUGUAUCAUAUCACAUACCAUUGUCUUUUUGCUUGCCUGCAUGUGUUCCAGAACCCCCUGGAUCUGGAAACCAACAAUUUCAUCUCAUCUUCUGAUAUCUCUCAAUCGACUGGUCUGUAAGUUUUGUUUUAUGUUAAAUGUUAAACACGGCAGACUAUCUAAAGUGAAAAACAUUCCACUGAAAACAACUAGAAAUGAUGAACAGUAACAGGUAAUGUUCUUUUAAAUGCAUAAUUUGGCUUGCAAGAAAAUAAAUGAAGUUACCAGGUGCCAGCUGGGUAGAGGGAACUUAAACCCAGAAAUCAGUUUCUGAGUUGAUGCUGUAGUUGCCCUGUGGGUUUGAUUUGGUUUACCCAGAAGCUUGGGUUUCAGGACUAUAGGAGCUUGAGAAACAAGGCCUCGGCCUUCACACAAGGUAUAGAGUUGGCACUGAAGUAACUUACAAAUUCAGAAACUCCAAAAGGGAAACAGUGGGCUGGAGAAAAAUCUCACUGGCACAGGAAAUUUAUGGGUCUCUUGUUGGGCUGUGCUGGAGAAAAUAGUUAACCCCGAUGAGUCAUGAGUCCUCAUGACUAACAUCUCAGAGGAGUUAGAAUUUGGAAUUCGGCCUAUUCAUGUCUCAGUUCAAAAACUGAACAAUUCACAUAGAAAUUUGUUCUGGUCUUUGAAACAACUUACAGGAACAAACAGAAUAUUUUGAGGGUGAAGGAAGACACCCUCAACCCCUGUUUGUCAGGACUCUGACAUACAAGCCCAUGCUGAGUUCCUAAUCCAGAAUUACAAAAUGUGGGGAGCCAAUCCAUGAUGGAAGCAGACAUUUUAAUGAAGAGCUCCAGGUAUUUUAGGUACUAGAAAAAUUACUGUAGGUAAUUCCACAAAAAUACUUUAAAAAAAAUCUUUCUUUCUUAAUAAUGACAACAAAAAACUGGUUUUACUUGGAAAGAACCACAUAGAAUAUCUAGAGAUGAAAAAUAUAGUUAUUGAAAUUUAAAGCUUGACGUUAAAAUACUUGGUGAUCAGGUCAAAUGGUAGAUUAUACUCAGCUGAAGAGAGAGCAGAGAGGAAAAUAGUGCUAAGCAGAUUCACAGAAUUAGGUGUACAGAGAGAUGGAAAAUGUGGAGGGAUGGGUGAGAGACAAAAGAUUAAAAUGAAAAGAGCAAACGAGUUCCUAAAGAACAAAAUACAGGACGGGGAAGAAAAGCAAGCAUUCAAAGAUAUGGCUCAGAUUCUGACAAAAGAUGUGUUAACAGACUUAAGCUGAACAAUAUAUGCCUAGCUGUAUGUCUUGCCAAUGGGUUUCUGCCCUGGGAAAGUUUGCUAUGAAUUCCGUGUGACCAAAGAAAUGAUAGUAAAAUGUUCUUGGGAUGAAAGGAUUAUUCCCAACUUUAUCCCACGGUGGC